AUGGAUUACUUCUUUCUCUCUCCUGAGAAGGAGGAAGAGGUUGAAGAUGAGUCAAGGCUGGUCACAAUCCUGUGUCUGACUGACACGGUGACAGGUUGGCCGCUGGCACUUCAACUUCCCAACAAGUCAACCGAGAUAGCCCAGUCCAGGUACUGUCUGCAAAAUGUGGACCUCUACCUCAAGAACCUUGGGUACAGCAAAGUCAUUCUGCAGCAUGAUGGCGAGCCCUCAAUCAGAGCACUGGCUGAGUCAAUCCAAAGACAUGUUGGGUCCAGCCGAGCCUCUGUGCGGGAGUCUCCGCCCAAGCAGCACCAAUCACAAGGAGCUGUGGAAUCCAUGAAUGGGUUUGUAGCAAGCCAAAUCCGAGCUUUGUGGCUCGACGUCAGGAAGCGGUAUCCUUCCUUGGACGUGUCCAGCAACUUGACACCGUGGCUUGUGCGCCACGAGGCAUGGCUGAUAGCACGUUUCCAUGUGAGAGGAAAAGAUGGGCUCACGCCCUACCGCCUGACAACUGGCAGCGACUACUCACACCCAGUCGCCAUGCUAGGCGAAGUAGUUCUUGGUAAAGUACCGACCCCGAGGGGCAAGAUGCAGCGAAGCAAUGUGCUUGGCACGUCGUCUGGGGCAAUCGCCGUGAGAUCGGUGAGAAGACUGCCAAAGGAAUCGCAGAUCAGUCAAGAGCUGAUGAACAACAUGAAAGGAAUUCCUUGGCAACCCCGGGACGGGAUGAGGCACAAGAUCAACAGAGAGCUGUCACAGCCAGUGGCACUCCCAGCGCCAGCCGCAGCGGGUCCCACCGCGCUGGCGUCAGAACCCCCGGAGGAAGAACAUCCGACACUGGCAGAAGAUGGUCAAAACAUUGACCAGGCUUCAGCUUGUCCGGUCCGCUCGGACUCAUCGGUUCGUCCGGGAGGCUCUGAAGCGACGAUGACCAUCCCGCACCUCGGAAGGGCGGAGGCUGCCCGCUCGGCCUUGCUGCCGGCGGAGGAUCUGCAGCUUCAGAUCUUGCUGGCGUGGUGGGUACGCAGCUUAGCGCGUCGUCGUCGUCCGCGGGGAUACCCGCUGGGAAGUCCUCGGCUUGGUCGCCAAGCCAAGCAGUCCAGGCAAGCAGGUGUCUUGCAGCAUUUAGCAAAUCACGAGAUCUGGUCCCAUAUCCAAGAAUGGGCCAGCUCCGAAGACAAGAGCAAUCCAAUGGCUUUGCAAAGGAUAGCCAAUGUGACGGAUUUCGUCGACCAAUUGCUCGACCCAGAGGAGGUCACCAAAGCGCGAAAAGUCCAACUUCAAAAGCUUUGGGAGCGAGGUGCCUUCACACCCGUGCACCGUCAAGAAAUCCCAAAAGGUUCACAAAUCUUCUCACACAAAUGGGUUGACAAGUGUUCCAAAGGAGCAUACAAGUCGCGUUUCACAUGCGCUGACGUCAAGGCUCGCUACACAGCAGCCGAGGAGGAGGGAUUGGACGUGUUCGUUCCAACUCCGACCCCAGAAGCGCACAAUCUUCUGGAGGUCUAUGCUCUGACAAAGGGUUACUACGCCCGAAGUCUGGACAUCGUCGCAGCCUUCUUGAUUGGAGCUGACCGAGGAGCCAGCGAAGGGAAGCAUGUCUACAUGCGUGCACCAGUUGAGUGGCACGACAUCUUCCUUGAGUGGCUAGAAACUCUCAGCCCCGAAUUGAAGGAUUGGUACAAGGAUUCGUUCAAAGAACUUUUCUUCGGGUUGGAUGGAAACCUAUACGGCAGAAGGACAGCCGGAUCCGUCUACAGAAAUGAGUUGGAGGAAAUCCUCUGCUCAAAGGUUGAUCCACGGCGGUAUUUUUUCUCUCGUGGUGAGAAGGAUCCAUGUGUCUUCCGUUGUGACAAGUCAGGGAUCAUCCUGAUUCACCACAUAGACGACAUCCGUAUGGCUGGACCAAAAGAGGCUGUCAACCACCUGGUUGAAGUCGAAAUGCCGAAACACUGUGAGGUCCAAGCAGGAGAGCUCGAAAGCGAAGGAACAGCUGUUGAGUACCUGGGUCGCACCAAGGUACGAACCAAAGAUGCUAUCAUCACGAUACCAGAUGAGAAGCACAUCAGAGCUGUCAUCGCUGCUGCGGGAAUCUCCGCCAGAGACCGCAGUGAGGUUCCUGCCAAACAACUGAACCUCUUAGAAACGGAGCCUCUUGGCGAGGCAGAUGCCAAGCUUUAUCGCUCGGCAGUAGGAUCAGCGAUCUACCUGUCGCUGGACAGGAGGGAGAUCCAGUACGCGGUGAAAGAAGCAGCGCGACACAUGUCGCAACCGCGAAAAUGUGACAUGCAAGCCGUCAAGACCCUUGCGGCAUACUUGCAAUCGCACCCACAUGUUGGCCGAGUCACAACCUGUGAUCCCAACUGUAGCUCAGAGUGGCCAUGCGAAUUGUAUAGCGAUUCGGAUUGGGCCGGAUGCCUAGAAACACGGCGAAGCACCGACUGUUACAUAGCAGCUGUGUGUGGUGCAAUCGUCGCAUGUGGCACACAGACCCAACCGGGCCUACCAGCGACAAGUUCGCCGGACGCAGAGCUCAGGGGAGUUUCGAGGGCAGCUCGGGAAGCCAUCUUCCUCAAGGAGCUGAUCACCCGAGAUUUUGGCCAGCAGUGCGGUAAGCCCCGCCUAUGGACGGACAGUUCAUCGGCAAUGCAAGCUUCCAAGCGCAUUGGACCAGGUUCCAAGCUCAGACACCUAGAAGUCUGUGAGUUUUAUGUGCAAGGAGCUUUGCAGUCCAAGCAGAUAGCUUUGGGCAAGGUCAAGGGCACUGUGAAUUGUGCCAACUUCCUCACCAAACACCCAAAGAGUGGAACGGAAGUAAGGCAAGCAAUGCCUAGGCUGCCUGGUUUAGGCAUGUAUGAAGCUCGUGACGGAGAAGAUAUGCUCUCUUCGAGCAAGAAGAUCUCUGUCAAGGUCUCAACCGUGACCAAGCAGCAUGCGUGGAAGACUCCUACGCCAGCUUGUGUUGGUUGGAUCAAAGACCAAGAUCGAGCGGGAAGAACCGCCACGGCCUAUCGGCAAAAUGGACAACUGGUCGGGUGCAUCAAGGCACUUGUUGUCCUGAGCCAAAUUCAGGCAGUGGCAGGGCAGCCAACGGUGACUGCCAUUAGAAACAAUCAGCAGCUAACGCUGACCAAUCCAGCGCCAGUGGCAACCCCGCGGUCAGAGCCGGCGGCAAACCCGCGGACACCAGCGGUAGCCCCGCGGUCUCCUGAGGAACUUACUCCUCGAGGGAUCGAGAGGUGGCACGAAGAACGUUGGGUCCAAGAAGCCGCAGAGGCCAGAAUGACCAUACAGGAGUUGAUCGAAUGGCGCAACCAAGAAGAGUCUCUCCUACGAGGAGAGCAUCCCGACGGCAUGUCGGACCUCCAGGACUCUGAGUCAAGUGAGUCCGAGGCGGCACCAGCCAGUGCGGGCAGCACCGCUGAACAGCGGGCAGCUCCGCCUGAGCGGGCAGAUCCGCCGACCCGGGAGCGAAGCCGAUGCAGCCAGCAUCGAGCAGAGCGAUCCGUUUGCCCACAUGUCUCCAGCGGAACUCGAACAAUGGAGACGGGCUGA